AUGGCAAACGUGUUCUGGGAGGCCGGUGUCCGGAUCGUCGACAUCUACGGAGUUUGCAACGACGGCUCUCCCAACGCCAAGGCCGGAUUUUCAGUAUUCUGGAGCUUCGGUAAGCUAACUCGAUGACAAAUCUCACUUUUUUUUUGAAGAUGAUGAUCGCAAUCGAAGCGGCGCCGUGCCCGGCUCCCAAACGACGUACCGUGCCAUUCUGACUGCCCUCCGAGUAGCCCUUUCCACGGUAAGAUCGCCAUUUAUAAUAAAGCUUCUGGAAUAAACAUUUCUUCUGAACCUUAGGCCAGAGCCGACGGACACCAAGAAUUGAUCAUUCGCAGCAACGAUAAUUCCCUUCACCAGAUGUUCGUUCGCAGUCAGAUUGGUGCGAAUGCAAUGUGGAGAAGACAGUUCCAAAUGGGGCAGAAGCAGCGCGAAUUGAUGAUGGCGAUAAACGCCGAGUUCCGACACUUCAGAGUGAGUUCAAUACGUGAUAUUCACUUGAAAGUAGUUAUUUCAGAAUGUGACACAUCGCCUGGUGCUCAAGAAAGCCGACAUUCGAGGGCAAACCGAGGCGGAGCGAAUGGCCCGACUAUACUCGGGAGUCUUCAGGGGAAGUGUGACGAUCUAUGGAAUCGCGACCGCCCGAGACGGAAUCGCCCGAUGCGGUAUAUUCUGGAAAGAGGGCGACGCGAGAAACGAGAGCGGAUGGCUCAGUGGAAAGCACGGGGAGAAGUGCGCCGAAAUGUACGCCCUGGGAAGAGCCGUCCAAAAAGUGAGCAUUUGUGGAAAUGUUCGAUAAUACUUGCAUGAUUCAGGCAAUCGAGAAAGGGAUCAGGGAGCUGACGGUCUACUCCAACUGGGAGCAGUUGGUUCGAUUUGUUAAGGCGUUGAAAUACUACGAUUGGCAGACGCCCACUGGAUGCCUCUCGCGCUGCAUGGAACGAUGCAAAGAGCUGGAGAUGAAGCUCCAGCAGAUUGUAGGAUUCAGAAAGUGUGCGGAAAUUAAUUUUCGAUUCAGACCGUAGUCAUGAAAGAUGGUAAAAGAGGAAACAUUCCGGAAGCCAGAAAACUGGCAGAAUCGGUGGCCGGAUGCGUGAUCGUGGGCACUUUUGGUGCGUGCGACGCCGGAAACAACGAGCCAGCGGCCCGAUACGGCGUAUUCUGGGGCCCGAACGACAGAAUGAACGAAAUAAGGCAAGUCGACGGGACACAGAGUGCCAGAAAGGCCAAGUUGAUGGCCAUCCGACGCGCCCUGGAGAUUGUGAGCAGAAAUAACCGAUGUGUUGGGGAAAUGAACUGAUUUUCAGGCCCUGACUCAUAAAAUGUCCAAGUUGCUUAUCAAAAACGAUUAUGAGUGGAAGGACGGGCGAGAUGAGGAACUGAUCUCAGAAAUUAGAGAUCUGCAGAAUAAGUUCGAGGUUUUCAUUGUUAUCGCUUCAAAGCAGAAAUUUUCAUUUUCAGUGUGUGAAGUACGUGAAGCAUUGCCCUGAAGAAUUCUAUAGCGUCCUCGAAAAGUUUUAA